CCAGAAAAGCCUUUUGAAAUAUUUGGAUCGUUUGCAAUAGUCACUGUUUCCAGACCCAACAUGUCUCAAACAGAAGCUCCAAAGGGACAAGAAGUUGACCCCUAUGCUGUUCCCUGGGAUCAGCCACUAGACCCUUACCUCUCCUCUCUUCCUUGGGGUGACCAAGUAGAAAUAGAGGAAAAGUGCUUGGAAGAAAUGGAGGAUGAAACGCUCACUGACACAGAGAAGGUUAAGUUAUUGAUGGAGGAAAAUGAAAGAAACAGCGCUGAAUUAAUAAAGUUGUCCUACCAGCUUCAAGAAAAGGAAGCUAUUAUUGAGGAGAAACAACAGGAUCUCCGAGACAUGGACAAAAAGAACCAGGAGCUUCAAAGAAAGCUUGAUGAAGCUCUGCGACAAAAUAAAAAACUUGUCCAAGAGAAGAAACAUGAGGACAUGAAGAAGAGAGGGAUGGACCGCAAUCUCCUAGACGUGGAGUUAAUGUACAGUAUCGAGAAAAAAAGGCUUGGUGACACACUGCAAGCAAAUGAAAAGCUUCUACAAGAGAAAAGGCAACAGGAGAUCAAACAAAAAGAAAUGGAUCGCAAGCUUCAGAGCAUCAAGCAACACAAUGAAAGCUUGCAAGGAAAGCUUGAUGAAGCUCUGCGACAAAAUAAAAAACUUGUCCAAGGGAAGAAACAUGAGGACAUGAAGAAGAGAGGGAUGGACCGCAAUCUCCUAGACGUGGAGUUAAUGUACAGUAUCGAGAAAAAAAGGCUUGGUGACACACUGCAAGCAAAUGAGAAGCUUCUUCAAGAGAAAAGGGAACAAGAGAUCAAACAAAAGGAAAUGGAUUGCAAGCUUCAGAGCAUCGAGCAGCACAAUGAAAGCUUGCAAGGAAAGCUUGAUGAAGCUCUGCGACAAAAUAAAGAAAUCCUCCAAGAGAAAAAGCAGCUGGACAGAAAGCAGGGAGACAUGGAGUGCCAACUCCAGCACAUGGAGGGAAAAGACAGGAUGCUGCAGGUAAAGUUCGAUGAGACACUGCAGAAAUAUCAAGAGCUGCAAGAACUUCAUAACAAAAUGAAGUACAAAGUAACUGAGCUGGAAGGAGAAAAUGAAAAACUGCAAAAACAGGAGGCAACAUCUAAAGUACUGAAAGAAAGGUUGGAAGAAAAACAAGCUGAAUUAGAAGAAGUGGAGAAAAAAUGCAAUAAACUGGAGCAGCAAAAUACAGAAACAAUCGAGGAGUUGAAAAUCCUCAUCCUCGAGAAAAAAGUGCUCAUGGAAAAGCAGCUGGAAAAGAAGAAAAGACGCUUCUUCCGCUUCUUCCAGAGGAGGGACACUCCUUCUUUCACUGCUGCCGAUGUCACCUCGUCUUCCUCCACCUCCGUUCCAACUUAAUCCCCCCCCUCCCCCCUUUAAUUACUAACACCUCUCCCAUCCCCCCUUUCACACUCACCCCCCA